UACAUAUAUUUCCUUGAUGGGAAAGUUUUGUGGGCUAACAAAUUUCAAAAGAAACCAAGCAAUUCCACCUGUCCAUUUCAAUCAAGACAACCUGUUUAAAGUGUUUUUCCAGCUUUUCUUAGCUGUAUGCCUGGAUAUAUAUUUUUUUCUCAACUUAGUCCAUUGAUUAAAUUUAUUGGAUUCUGGAUAUAAAUUAAGACACACAAGACACAAGAUUAAUAAAGGAGCUCGGUCAAUUAUGCCUACGUCUACGACAAUAGAAUGACUGAUGUAGUUUCUAUUAUACAAUGCUUAGGGGUUACAAAGUAUAAGUAAUGUUUAAAUACUACGGUCCAGAUUAUAGGAUUACUCGUGAUUUUUCUAUGCUUGAAUUUUUUCCACUUAUCAUUAGAUAUGAGACAUACUCAAUGUUCAAAGUUGUGCAAAAUAGAUGAAAUGUGUUCAUAAGUGUUGGACAAUCCUUGCCUUACAUGCCGAUUUUGUUGGGGUUGAGUUAGGUCCAAACUAAAUUUUAAGAUGAUAUUGAACGCAUUAGACCACCUGGUCUCCUUUAUCAGGUCACUCGGUUCUCGCUCCAAAUGUUUAGUCAUGAGCGUGAGGGGGUAUGUUUAGAGUCUCACAUUGGAUGAGAUAUAUCUGAAGAUGUGUUUAUAAAUAACGGAUAAUCUUCACCUUACAAACCGGUUUUGUACGAGUUGAGUUAGACCCAAUCAAAACUUUAAGACUCAACUCCUUCCUUUUAAUCACUUUGAUCUAUUAUAAUUACUUCUCUUCUUUUUUACUUCUGCUUACUACUACUACUACUAGUGGUACAUAUUAGUAUGAUUGGUAAAUGAAACUUACUUGAGAAGCAUGCAAAGCAUGAGUUCAAUUCUUUCUCAAUUGUCACCUUUAUAUAAAGCAGCUAACUGUCCAAGUCUACCCCCCUUUUACUAUUUCUGGCCAACAAAUUGACUUCCAUUGUCACAAUGAGAUCUUUCUUUGUGGUCUCUCUCCAUUAUUGUAUUGAAAGGAUCAAGACCAUUUGAUUAUACCUCAAAAGUAAGGAAGUUUAUGGGGUGAUGCACAUUGACAAUGCAACUGCUAUGGUGGAUAAGGCUGCUACUACUCAUAAUGAUUCAAUUGUUAUUAUACCUCAACAUAUCAACCUGCAAAUUAUCUUCUAAGGAUUUGUUAAAUUUCAAAGGAUUACUUGAAGCUGGUCCACAACAACUUGGAUGCGAUAUUGUGAAACAUCCAUGUCAAAUGCAAUGGCCUUGUCUUGACUGUUCUAAACAAAAUGAACCAGGUAGGGUAAAAGAAAAUAUAGACAAGAACAAUGACACUCCAAUACUUGCAAAAGAAGCUCAAGUUAAAAAACCAGGAGGAGGAAGGGUUGCGGUCAUAGCUGGUGGCGCUGGUGCUGCCUUAACCAUCAUUGUCAUUGCGGUGAUUAUAUGUAUCUGCUUGAGAAGAUGUAAAAGAUUUAAAAAGCAACCAUCUGAUUCUGCUUCUUCUGUGCCAUCUCAAGCUGUUGAGAUGGGAAGAAUCAACAACUCGCAGUAUGUUAAUGCUUUCUCUCCACAUUAUAUGCAGAACACAAGGCUGUUAACAAUUUUAGAGAUAGAACAAGCUACAGGAAAAUUUAAUCAAAGUAACAUUAUAGGUGAAGGGAGAUUUGGUUUUGUAUACAAAGGUUUGCUUCAAGAUGGAUCUUUUGUCGCUAUAAAAAGGCGCCUAUUUGCUCUAACUCGAGAUUUCAUUCCUGAGGUCAAGCAGAUAGCUCAAAUCCACCACAUUCAUCUUGUGAAGCUUAUUGGUUAUUAUGAUGAUAGCUAUCAACAAUUACUUGUGUAUGAAUAUCUCCCUAAUGGCAAUGUAGGGAAUCAUCUAUAUGAUAGUGAAGGUUUACCUAUUGGAAAGUUAAACUUGCAGCGUAGGGUAUCCAUCGCCUUAGGCGCGUCCAAAGGACUUGAACAUCUUCACAGUCUGAAAUUGAUCAGGCAGGCUCAUCUUCAAAUGUUGACUACUUUCAUGAUCCAGAGUUGAGCUUAUCGCAAAACUACUCGGAGGAAAGUGAUGUGUACAGUUUCGGAGUGUUUUUACUAGAGUUGAUUAGUGGCUGUGAAGCAUAUAACAGAAAUAUGUCAAAUCCAUAUGAAAGUCUUGUAUUUGAG